AUGUCUGGAAAGGUCUACUUCGUCUCAGGUGGUAAUCGUGGCAUCGGUUUCCAAUUCGUCAAACAAUUAUCAUCAAGCUCAGAAAACACAGUUAUUGCAAGCGCAAGAGACCCUACAAAAGCUACAGAACUACAAGCUCUAGCUGAUGCUCAAAAGAAUGUUAAAAUUGUUAAGCUGGAUGUUUCUGAUAAAGCUUCGAUCGAUGCUUUAGAUGCUCAAUUGAAAGAUGUUGCAAAAGAUGGUAUUGACGUUUUGAUUUCCAAUGCUGGUAUUGCACAAUCAAUUGCACCAGCUAUCGAUUGUGAACAAGAGGUUUAUGAGCAUCAUUAUAGAACUAAUACUUUAGGCCCAAUAUUUUUAACAAAAGCUCUUUAUCCAUAUUUGAAGCUCAAGGAAACAAAACAUCUAAUCUAUGUAUCCUCCGUUGUUGGUUCAAUUGGUGGAUUCGUUGAGUUCACAACCUCUGCAUAUGGUCAGUCAAAAGCUGCUUUGAAUUAUAGUGUUAAAGAAAUUAGCUUUGAACUAGGUGCAGAGGGUUUCACUGCUGUGUCAAUCCAUCCUGGUGUGGUUGCAACUGAUAUGGGUAAAGGUAUUGAAUACUUGAAGGAAGUUAAGCCUGAAGUUGCUGAGUUGUUUAAGGAUGUUCCAAUUCUUGCACCUGAAGAAAGUGCUAAAGCGUUAUUACAAAAUGUUGUUUUCAAGCUAAACAAAGAAUCAAAUGGUAAAUUCAUUGAUUAUGAAGGAAACGAACUAACUUUUUAG